CAAAAACCACGUAUAUCUACCUCUCUGUGGGAUGAUAAAGGCACUUUAUGCUUUCAAGUCGAUGUCAAAGGCAUUUGCGUUGCUCGACGUCAAGAUAAUGAUAUGAUUAAUGGUACAAAACUACUGAAUGUGACAGGUAUGUCACGGGGUAAGCGCGAUGGCAUACUCAAGAAUGAAAAAGGACGCGUCGUUGUCAAGGUCGGAGCGAUGCAUUUAAAAGGUGUUUGGGUGACUUUUGCGAGAGCCAAGACGUUGGCGAUCCAAUACAACAUUUAUGAUUUACUCUAUCCUUUGUUUGUGGAUGAACCCGCUCUUUAU